CCUGGUUGCACCACACUCCUAAGUCCCACCAACACCAUAUGGUCUUUCUAUCCACAAUUCCACUCAUUGAUCCUCCACACUUUUGAGUUUGUGAUCCUUCAAACUCAUAACUCAUCUCUCUCAUAUCUUUCUUCAUCAUGGCAUCUUCAGUAAUGGCAGGAGCUUCCUCCUCUUGUUCUGUUGCCUUCUCCACCAGAACCCACUCUUCUUCUAAGCCAUACACACCUCUUCUUCCACAGAAAACCAACUUUCAUGGACUUCCUCUGCAAGAUGCAAAAAGGGUCAUCUUUACUUCAAUGGUAUCUGAAAAAAAGAACAAUUCAGCAACUUUUAAAAGAGGGCUUGAGAUUAGAGCAAGAACAAGUGGUGCUUCUAAGACAAUUGAAGUUGAAGUUGAUAAACCAUUGGGUCUCACACUUGGUCAGAAACCUGGUGGUGGAGUUGUCAUCACUGCAGUGGAUGGGGGUGGAAAUGCUGCAAAAUGUGGGCUUAAAUCAGGUGAUCAGGUGCUUUAUACAAGCAGUUUUUUUGGUGAUGAACUUUGGCCUGCAGAUAAGCUUGGAUUCACUAAAACUGCUAUCCAAGCUAAGCCGGAUUCGGUUUACUUCGUUGUUAGUAGAGGUGCUGAAGUUGACGUAAAGAAACUAAACAAACGUCCUGCUCCUCCCCGUUUUGGACGGAAGUUGUCUGAUGCACAAAAGGCCAGAGCAACUCACAUAUGCCUCGACUGUGGUUUCAUAUACACAUUACAGAAACCAUUUGACGAACAGCCCGAUGAUUAUGCUUGCCCUCAAUGUAUAGCACCAAAAAAGAGGUUUGCACGCUACGAUGUGAACACAGGUAAGGCUGUUGGUGGUACUUUACCUCCUAUUGGAGUCAUCAUAGGGCUAGUGGCUGGUAUUGGUGCAGUAGGAGCAUUGCUAGUCUAUGGUCUUCAAUAACUAAAAUCCGAAAAUCUUAUUACCCUACUCUUCUGUAAAUCUGCUGUUCAUUCAUGAGACGUUCACUCAUUUGUUGGAAGUGAUUCAUCUGUUUAUGCUGGAAAAUUUUCUCCAUUGCAAAUGCCGGAAUAUAUGUACAUUGUUGUCUGAAUGAAUACUCAUUUGAUAGUCAAACUCAAAGCUAAUGUUAUCAUGUUACACAUUAAUAUAUCCAUAAUAAAGCGUACCCUUAUUUUUA